AUGCAUUAUUCAAGCUUCCGGAUGAUAUUCCGGAAUGUCACUUUCUUAUAUAUCUUUAUGGCAUUUAUGAUCAAAUAUUCCACUUUAGGAACAACUGAAGUAGCUGUUAAUAUUCAAACAUUUGAUACUUUUAACAAAUUUCUAAGCACAUAUCAUAAAAUGGAACAAACUGUAUCAGCAAAUUAUUCUCGAAUUUGUGGUAGAGAGCUAAUAUAUGCAUUAAUUAAGAAAUGUACUCCGACAAAUAGCACCUAUCCAUGCUUUCAAAGUUCAACAAAUACAAUAUAUGCUGAUAGGAAAUCAAAUCGUAGCUAUCGUCGAGGUGUUGCGACAGUUUGUUGCGAUUACGGGAAAUGUUCGCAAGAAUAUUUGGCUACAUUUUGUUGUGAAAAAUUAGUUGUUACACAAUGA